GCUCCAGAUUCCAGGGACUCUUUAGACGAUCCUGGUCCCAGAGACACUAGUGAAGGAGCAAGCGAUCUUACUGAAAAGCUUCAUUCACUCAACGUGAACGCAAAACCUUUCGUUCCAAACGUGAAUGCCCCGGUAUUUGUUCCUCCAUUUGCGGCCAAUGGUAAGAUUUUAAUUUUGAUAUUAUUUCAGCCUGAUUUUCUGCUGAAAGUGUGACGCCAUAAAAUUUUGUUGAAAGCUGACUGUUCUGUUUGGGGGUUCGAAACUUUUCUAAGCUACAGUAACCUAAAUGAUAAGCUUACUGUUGUAAGUUUUAGACUGAAAUAAAUUUUCAACCCUUUAAAGAUUUUCCACAGUGUUAAAAAGGAUUAGCUGUCGAUUUGCUUCUUUGUAUCUCUGUAUCUGUUAAGAACGAAUGUCGCUAAGGAUUGAUCAAAAUUGGAAAUGGUAAAAAAAUACCUUCCCUCAUACUUUGUGUACACGUAGUUAGUACUUCAGAUGAAACUGCUCACUAUGGCAUUUGUUUGACUUCUAACAAAAACCUGCACUGGGCAUUAGGGGGCAAUUGGGCCAAAAAUUGCAUUUUUUGGGACAAUUUGCUCCUUGAACAUUGGAGUUUUGUUAGGUGAAUAGUUCAGAAAGCAGACUAACAGUUAAGAAUCUGUUUACAUGAUAGCAAAAUAUCCGGUACAAAAUGAGCAGUGCUGCUGCAGCGCUGCAGAAUGACUUCAAGAAGCGCUACAAAAGAGCUGUAAAAGGGCUGGCUGCAGCAGUAGCAAAUUUUGGCUGUUUCGCACUGCUGUGGAAAGCCCUUUGACAGUGAUAAACAGCGCUGUUGCAGCGGUGCAGAAAAUUCCCGAAUCACUAUCUGCGCUGCAAAGUGGCUUCGAAAAGACAAAGAAUAUUGUUAACGGUAAUGGCCUACCACUCGUUAGUACAAAAAAAAUGCAGACUUCAAUAAUACAAUAAUUAUGAGACAUGGUAGAGGAGUUGACAAGGCCUUAGUAGUGGAGUAAAAACCACUAGAAAGUCAAAAUGCAACUGAUACUUUAUUAGUAUUCAAGCAUACACGUUACAAAAGCACAUGACAUAUAACAAAUCUGCAACAGUCUCGCUUUGUAAAUAUUCAGCAAUUACGGUCACUUAUCUAAAUGUAAGAACAUCCAUUUACAUGCUGACGUUGAAGUUUAUCUUUUUUAAAAAUAACGAGAAUAAGAGCGAUUGUUCUACAUAAAGUUUGCACGAACAGCAGCCAAAUGAUAUUUUGAUUCGUUGCAACAGGUUAAGCCUUAUAAUCAUCCUUCCUCUCAAUAAAAAUGUUAUCAAUUUUUCUUUAGCCCCGAUGGUCCCUGUUCAUUGUCAUUUACAAGGGGGGAAACGUUUUUUUGACAAGGCUUAAAAAUAGACAUUUUUGAACACAUAUUUUUUUCUUACUAGCACUUUGAUUUAGAUCAAAAUUGAAACAGGAUGUAAAUAUUUCACCUUUUGUGAACCAUAUCAUGCUUAAAAAUCUUCGGGCACUCAAUACAUGCCAAUCAAAUGAAAAUGUAUACCUGAGACAAAAUAGUAAAUUUUCACAAUUUUUGUUUGCUGCUAUCUUUCUGUUAAAUAAUGUCAUUGGGGCGGUGUUAAGCAAGAAUGUUAGAUGGUUCCUAUAGAUUGCAUUACUUUAUGUUUUAUUUACAGUCAGUUAUCAAGCAGAUUAAUGAUUUUUGGUUGACAAAAACAGGCAUCGUGUGGUUGGCAGUUGAUUUAUUCACAUUGCUACCCCCGAUAUAACUUGGCAGCAAAAUCUAAUUAUUUGACGUUUUUCAGCAAAAUAAAUCACUUCGAUGGGAUUAUUAGUAGAUAACUGACACAUUACAUACCAUUAACAAAGCAAUCAAUGCAAGAAACAUUACAGAGCCAAAGUCAAAUCACUCACAAGUCACGGUUCAUUUAGGUCUCAUCCACUAUUUAUAUAGUAAUGCAUGUCGUCACAUUCAAAUCCCUUCCCUUAUCUUCAGUGCAUAUCUACAAAGUUUCCUUUCACACUGACACCCUGCCAAAUUACUGCAGCUGCGACUGGCAGAAACAUAUUUUUCCUUACCGUGCAUGAAAAUGCUACUCCGUUGGAUUCUCUUACAUGUCCAACACACUGUCUUCAAGGUAAUGUAUCUUAUUAGUCACGCAAUGUGUCACAUCACAAGCGCAUCACUGAUUUUAUAAUUCUUCUUUCCUCUACAUAAAUAUUAGAAUCUUCAUGAACUUGUGUAAGUUUCAUUAAGCAUAAAAUCAGAAAAACAGUGUACCCAAUCCUAUGUGAAUUUAGAAAGAAAGCGUCAUUUGAUCUGUUCGGUUGGACAUGCAGCUUGCUGAUCAAAAAGUUUCAAAGCCGAUUUGUUGUCUUCCUGAAUUUGUGUGAGGGCCUUGCUCCUAAAGAGAACAAGUCAACGAGGUGUAAUUGAAUUACCACCAGAGUCGACAAAACUGAAGUCUGAGUCAGAUUUUUGGCGGCACUUUCAUGUUUCAUGGCAUGCAAGGUGGGAGACUAAGUCAGAGAUGCUUAUUUAGUCCUGUAAGGGGAAGCGGGUUUUGCCAAAUCCCGGCCAGCACAAAAGAUUGCAGCACAUAAACAAUUUGUGCAAAAGGAGACUGGGCAAUAUUAUGCUUCGCUUGCAAAGCGACUUGCAGAGCAGAUAUAUUUCUUAUGACCACCGUGCCAAAGUUGUUCCUCAAGUUAUUAUACGUACAAGGUUUAUUCUUAAUGUCAAUUUAGGGAGCAUGAAACAGUUCUGAAAUGCUAACGAUUUGUCAUUUCAAUUCUGAAAAGAUAAUUUUUUCUAAUGAAUUAAAUUAGCACGGGAUGUUUGUGGGAAAGCCAAGAAUAAAUUUUAUUUCUGCGAAAAAAAAAGGCAAAAGCACCUGGCUGACUUGUCUUUCACCUUGCAUGAAGCAGAAGUGCUGCCAAAAAAUUCUGACUCGGACUUCAGUUUUGUUGUCUCCUUCAGGACCUUCAGCUGCAAUACUUGCAAAUGUCCGGUAAUAUCGCUAUAGUAUACACUGAUUAACAAUGGAAAUUUUGUUAACAAUAAUAGUUGUUCUGUAUAGGAGCAAGGUGUCUUUAGGAAUUCAGCAAAGAUUGAAGUCCCGGGGGUUCUCGACAAAGUUUUAUAAAGGGAGGCUCUGCCCUGAGGUGCAACCUCUUACUCUUUUAUACACUAUUUCUGGCAGAAAAGGUACCCCUUCGUAUACCUUCUGUUGGAAAUGGUACCUCUUUCACAUGCGUAGUUUAGAACUUUGCAUCCCUCUUAACUGCUGUAAAUGCACUGUUAAAAUAUGAAUAAAUCUCAAAACCAGACCGUAUACUCAGCUCUUUUCACGGCCAUGAAAUGCAUCUGUAAGCCCUUUUUGGGCUUUUUGACCAACCGAAAUGACAGUUUUCCCUGUCCUUUCAUAUACUUCAACAAGUGAAAUCCCAACCCUCUCAUAUACUUAAAGCCCGAAAAUGGUAUCCCUUUCAGGUGGAGCCUCUCUGUAUUGGCCAUUUUAGAGAGUACCCCCCGGGAUUCAAGUUGACUCUGAAUUUUGAUCAACAAUAUGUCCAAUUCAAACAGGUUAAAUAGCAUUUCCAGAAGGGUCUAAGUCUAAAUAAAAUGGUGUGCACUGUUUUUCUUACAUUAUACUUACUGUAAUAAAACUUUCAUGAACUCUUGAAGAUUUUAAUAUUCGUCCAGUAGAGGAAAGAAGAACUGUAUUAUAAAAUAAUGGUGUCAAGGAUAGCGCUCGCUUAGGACAUGACACAUUGCAUGACUAAGAUACGUUACCUUGAACAGUCUGCCUGGAAAAUUGCAAGACAAUCCAACAGAACACUAUCUUCUACAUUUUUCUUCUGCGGUGAAGAAAAUUAUGUCUUUCUAUAGGCAGCUGCGCAGUAAUUUGGCAGGUUGUCACAGUGAAAGGAAACUAAUAGAGGUGUGCAUUGAAGAUGGGAAGAUGAAUGAAGGAGUUUCAAUGCCAACGACAUACAUGGAGGAGAUCUAUCCAUGACUUGUGAGUGAUUUGACUUUGGCUCUGCAAUGUUUCUCGCAUUGGUAGCUUUGUUAAUGGUAUUUAUUAUUCAUUCAAAAUAUUUCCCCAUUUCUGAUUGGCUCAAAGCACACGCAUAAUUCAUCAUAACCAGUUACUGAUGACCAAAUUUGGAAGAAUUUUGUCUUUAACGAACAGCCUUCUACAGGUUAAUGCACCGUUAAGCGAGAAGACCUGAGGACGAGAUUGAGUUAUUUUCAUUGUCAAAACUAAAAUGGCGGACACUUCACUCGUUUCAAGAGUAUGACCUACAGCUGGAACUAGGCGAAAUAAUCACUAAAAACAUAGCAAAAACAGCAAGAAGACAACUCGGAAAGCGACAUCUGCUAUUUGGAGAAUAUUUGAGGAGCUGGACAAACCUAAAUGUAAACUAUCGAAGAUAAACUUAACAUCGAUGCACGUAUAAGCCUGUUUUAGCUAUGUUUUUAAACUAGGAAUUAUUUUGAAUGAAUAAUAAAACAAUUAUGAAUUCGGCUUUCGUAUCAUAUGACGAAUUAUGGAGAUCUCGGAGAGGGUCAUCCACCUCAGCCUUAUAAUGGCCUCGACAGAUAACACCUUCCUCAAUCUCCAUAAUUCUUCACAAGAUACUCAGCCUCAUUCAUAAUAAUUGUUAAGUAAUGUGUCAGUUAUCUAUUACUAAUCCCAUCGAAGCGAUUUAUUUUGCUGGAAAACGUUGAAUUAGAUUUUCCUUCCAAGUUAUGCACCUAUCAAUGUAAAGCUGGGGGGGAGCAGGGCACAGGGUGGGGAUUUGAUUGUCUUUGUUGGCCCUGGGGUAGGGCAUUUGACUGAUCUUGUUCUUCCAGGGAAGGGGAUAUUUGAAUCUUUCUUAAUUUGCCCGACGUGGAGAUAUUUCACUGCCGACUCGGACGAAAAAGACUGAGACCGAACAUAUGUUUUCCGCUUCCACGCUUUACACAUGCGCCGUACGGUUUGAAAAGAUCAGGAAGUCAUGGAGGCCAAUGAGAACAAGCGAAUGCUGAGUGGAUUUCACUGUUUUGUCUUCAAAUUUCGUUUGUUUGAGCGUGUUUUUGAUCAAUUGAACCUCUUAAAAUACUGUGGUAUCAAAGUAAACGGAAGUAGAGAGAAACCAAGUCGAUUUUUGCAAGUACAAUAAUAUUGAUUAGUGCAUGGCUCAUUCGCUACAAUCACUGUAAAGUUACAAAACUGACUUUCUUUGUACCCUUUACUAAGAACGGCAUAUUUAAACUUACAAAAUGUGGACUUUCUCUAAACGUUUAUGUAUUCUAUACGCAGUGUAACAAGGAUUAUGGCUAAAACGUAUAAUUGCAGCUGUAACAGGAACAUGUAUCUUAGGUGAUACAGCAACGUUUAUAAAAGAUAGCAGAGUUUUAUUUGGAGAAUUUUUAUUGCGCCUUUCUUGGGUUCUGCCUUGGGAUUGACAGCAAUGUGCAGCCGGGGGUGGGGAAAUUUGGUAGCAUUUGACUGAAAUGAUUUGCCCGUGGGCAGGGAAUUUGACUGCAAAUUUUUGAAAAAAGUCAAAUCCCCACCCCAUGCCCUGCAUUACAUUGAUAGGUGCAUUAUAUUGCGGGUAUUAAUUUGAAUAAAUUAACCACCAACCACACGAUGCAUGUUUUUGUAAACCAAAAAUGGUUAAUCUGCUCGAUAACUGACUGUAAAUAAAACGUAAAGUAAUGCAAUCAAUAGGAACCAUCCAACAUUCUUGCUUAACACGGCCCCAAUGACAUUAUUUAAAAGAAAGAUAGCGGUGAACAAAAGUUGUUGAAAUUGACUAUUUUGUCUCAGUUAUACAGUUUCAUUUGAUUGGCAUGCAAAAAUGUAUUGAGUGCAUGCAGGUUUUUAAGAAAGUUAUGAUAUGGUUCACAAAAGGUGAAAUAUUUACAUCCUGUUUCAAUUUUGAUCUAAAUCAGAGUGCUAGUAUAAAGGAAAAAAUGUGUUCAAAAAUGUCUAUUUUUAAGCCUUGUAGAAAAACGUUUCCCCCCUGUAAAUGAAAUGAACAGGGGCCAUAGGGGGGGGGGGGUAGAGAAAAAGACAGUGAUAACAUUUUUAUUGAGAGGAAGGGUGAUUUUCUGCUAUCAUGUAAACAGAUUCUUAACUGUUAGUCUACUUUAAGAACUAUUCACCUAACAAAACUCCAAUUUUCAAGGAGAAAAUUGUCCCAAAAAAUGCAAUUUUUGGCCCAAACUUAAUUUCUCCCCUGAUGCCCAGUGCAGGUUUUUGUUAGAAGUCAAACAAAUGCCAUAGAGAGUAGUUUCAUCUGAAGUACUAACUACACACAAAGUAUGAGGGGGGAAGGUUUUGUUUGACAAUUUCCAAUUUUGCUCAAUCCUCAGCAACAUUCGUUAUCCUUUUAAGGGAUGGGUAUCUUUAUUCUGGAGCCACACUGACACACAGGAAAAAAUAACGGAUUCCCAUUUUUGGAUAUUUUAGGGUAUUUAAAGAAUACGCAUAAAAAUCCCAAAUUUGGCAAAGUGAGACAAGUCCCAACCGGGGAAUUCCCGAACCAAGUUCCCUGAUUGGGACUUGUCUCAUUCUUCCAAAUUUGGGAUUUUUGUGGGUAUUCUUUAAAUUCCCUAAAAUAUCCAAAAAUGGGAAUCAGUUAUUUUUUCCGGUGACAAUUAACUGUAAAUGCUAAAACUGGCAUUUAGCAAGUGCCCUCAUAAUCUAAAAGCCCAUGCUGGUACUAUCCAUCAAACAUCACUACCUACUUCAGGCUUUUGGCUGGCUACUUUGCUGGGUUUUCUUCUGACUCUUUAGUCAAAGAUGUCAAACUGAGCCACCUACUAAAACAAUAAAGCUACCCUUUUUCAAAGCUUCCCUCCUGGGAAAUUGUUUUAUUGUUCAUUCAAAAUAAUUCCUAGUUUAAAAACAAGGUAAAACAUGCUUACCCCCACCCAUGUUAAGUUUAUCUUUGAUGAUGCAUGUUAAUCGGGAAGUUUAGGAGAUAAGGGAUGCCAGCUCCACAAAUAUUUUCCAAAUAGCAGAAGUUGUCCAUCGAGUAGUCUUCUUGCUGUUCUUGCUAUGUUUUUAGCAAGUAAUUCGCUUGUUUAUUCUUCGUGAAACAAGUGAAAUGUUCCACCAUUUUUUUACUCACCACCAAAACAGCUCAACCUCAUCCCCAGGUCUUCUUAGUUAACCGUUCAAUAAUCUGGCAAUUUGCUGCACGAUUGAUGUCAUUUUUCACGUAUCGCAAAAUUCUUCCAAAUUUAGUCGACAAUAGCUGGUUAUGAUGAAUUAUGCAUGGGAUUUUAGCCAAACAGAAACAAAGAAAUAUUUUGAAUGAAUGAUAAGAAGAAAUAUAAUACCAAAUGUAGGGUAUAUAACCCUAACUCUAACUUUGAAUGAUGAAAUAAGUGCCUUCCCCACCCCAAUCCCUGAUUACGUACCAUCACCCCUUUCGCCCUUUAAAUUGAACUGAACAUAACUGUGUAUGUUCAUGUUGUUAUUGUUUGUUGCUAAUAGUUGCACCAUCCACUAAUGGUGAUGCCAAGCCAGAAAUUUCUGAACAAUAUCAACAGGUCCAGGAGGGUAAGCUUAUGUAUUAAAUUAUUAGAAAGAAAGAAAAAGGACCAGGGGGGGGUGGUGAACUUGCUAGUUUGUUUGUCCGGACGAUCUUGGCCAUCGUGACGUCACGAAGAGAGAAGCGCGCAACUUCGAGGAGUUUUCGAAAAUGGCGCCGUUGUCAUUUCCAAAUGCUACUUUUAAAGUUGGUUUUCCUGGAUAUUGACGCUCCAAAAUGGUUUUUGUCACGGUAGGAUAGUGCAGUUCCAACAUCUCUUUCCGAAAAGGUGAGUGAAAUGUGUAUUAAUCCGAAAAAUAACGCGUAUAAGAGCUGUAAACAGUUUCUGUCAAUUUCCUCGAGUGGAAUAAUGUGCCGCAAAAGUUUGCAUGUUCGCACAGUAAUAUCGCAUUUUCUCGAAAUCGGUGAGGUGUUGAACAUCGAAACUUGGCAUAAGGGUGGGUUACUUCUAUUGGAAAACAUUGUCUCUGAAGUUAAUUGAGAUAAACUUGCAGAAAAAAUGAUCAGUCCAUUCGAGUGUGCCAGCGUAGCCUCUAAGCUGAUGCAAUGGUAUUCAUUACUUUGCUGUUAUCUCCAAUAAUGCCAAUAGUAUCACCUAUUCAAGCUGUCUUUUCGGGAUAAGUAAAUUUUAAAGUAGCUUCUGAUAGAGGGAAAGUAUAGUUGCAACAGCUCUUUCCGAGAAGGAGAGUUAAUUGUAUUAUAUUCUGCUGAUAAUUACCUCGUAAACAGUCUAAACAGUUUAAGCCAAUUUUUUCAAGUGGAAUAUUUGUCUCAGAAAUUUGCAUGAUCGCAUAUUAACAUCGCAUGUCUUAGAAAAUCGGUUUGGUGUGGAAAUUCGAAACUUGGCAGAAGGGUAGAUCAGCAAUAGUGGAAAACAUUGUCCUUGAUGUUUAAUGGGAGAAAUUAGCAGUAAAAAUGAUCAGUCCAUUCGAGUGCGCUUAAUAUUGAUAUAAAGAGAUGACCUCGACUCGGUUACCCCGGCACAAUGUAAGUCAAUUAUUUUUCGGUUUUAAGAAAAAGUAAACCAAAGACUUCCCUCAACACUAUGUAUCUAUAAUAAUUACACCAGGAAUAUAUAUAUUUUUAACUCUUGAAGGUUGUACCAUAUUGUUGAAGCAAAUGAUAUUUCUCUGUAAGCUUACAUUAAGUUUUCAUAAAUAGCAAAAAAAAUUAAUAAGAUUUACAUACAACUCCAAACAUGUACAUCUGUUAUGCAUGAAGCAAUUUCAUAUCGUUCGAUAUCAAUAGUUAGUGCAAAUGGAGUCAAACAUGUACAGCGAAACUUGUAUAAUGUAAGCGGACACCGCAGAGAAUGCUGUAGUGCCCACUUAAUACAAAGUUUCUUCCUACUACAUACAGGUUUCGAUAGAAAAUGUCAUAUGAGGCAGACCUGCCAACUCUCACAAUUCUGCCGUGAGUCUCACGAUUUUUUAACUUUUCUCACGGUCUCACAACAAGACUCCCAAUCUCAUGGUUUUCGGGGAAAUAUUCUAAAUUGAAACAUUACCUUGUUGAAUAAAAACAUAAAUUUUGUGGGGAAAUUCUUGUGCCUGGAUAAGCUUUGACUAUUUUAGCCAUGAAGUUGUCUUGGCCCAAAGAAAUGACUCUGCUGUAUGUUUCGUCACAGUGAUAACCUAUUUUCUGGCCUCUUCAAGUCAUCCAAGAAAAAGCGGCAUCUAAUUUGUUACAUAAGGGACCACACUAAAGCAAGGUUAUAUUAAAAUAAACAGUUGAUUCCACUAAUGGAAAAUGGGUAGUUUAAUUUUGAUCCGGAAAAAAUAGAAUCUCACUACUUUUUGUAGAAUCUCCCGAUUUUUUUUCAUGAGUCUACAGAUUUUCCUUAUUAGGGGUUGGCAGGUCUGUAUGGGGAGCUAAGUACCAUUCAAAUAAAAGGCGGAAACACUUGGACUACUUCCAGAGAUAUGAUGAUAUACAUUUGCAUUAAUAUCUUUAUUUGUGUGGAGCAAUUAAUUAAACCUAGAUUGUACCUCAAAUUUUAAGAUAUCAAAUGAAUGAAACAAGCUUUAUACAAACAAAAAUGAAAUGAGAAAGUACUGUAACUCAUUUAUAUAAUUUACAGAAGUCCCCUGGUGACACCAGCCAAGUGCUAUAGGGCAAGACUCCCAAUCUCAUGGUUUUCUGGGAAAGCAAAAGGCAUCUUAAAAUAACAAAAGGCACAUAGGGCUCAGCCGAAUGGUACCAUAAUGACGUCAACACGUAUGGAAACAGGCCUUUUCUCCGAAACCUGCCCCAUUCCCCUAUGGCUAUUUUUAUUUGCGUUUACCCUACCUCACCUCCCCUCCCCAUACCUGAUGAAACAAGGCUUUCAACAGUUUGUUGAGAUAGGAUGCUUUUUGUUUUAAAGGAUGAGCUCACCAUAUUUUAUUAUCGUAGAGAUGGGGGUAAGAUAAGUUAACAAUAAUAGACAGAUUAUUAUAGGUGGGUUACUCAUUUUUACAGCUAUCCCUGGAAGACGAAAUGGAAGUAAGGAGCUGACUGGCAGCCACUGAGAUUGAGCUGAGGAGAAAGGAAAUUGAAAGAGAAGAGAAAGAGUUGAAAAGAAAAGAAGAAAGGUUAAAACAAAAAGCAAAAGAAAUUAAAAACACAGUAAUAGAGGCGAAGCGCCGGGUAGCUACCCAACUGCAAUGAAUGGCAGGGCAGCUAGACUGCUUGGCUAACCAAAUUCUAGAAGAGACCAAAAAUUAACGAAGAAGUAAAAGAAAAACACCAGUGUAAGAAAAUUUUAUUGAUAACAAACCGUUUCUUUUAAUCAAAGUCAAUGUGCAAAGUUUUUAAAUGUAAACAAGUCUAAGUCAGACCUGUUAUGCAAGAAAGAAAACACAUUAUUUUGUUCACUAUAUAAAAAAUAAAAGGAAACUGGUUCUUCUAAUUUCUUGUAUCCUGUAUGGUCUCUUCUUGCUCCAUGGAAUCCACUCCAUCUAACAUCCUCCACUUCCCACACCGCACGACUCUCUUCGUGGAAUCUAUUAUACUAGAUCUUUACAGACAUCCAGUAAGCAGCACCUCCUCCAUCAUACACUGCUUGUUUUUUCUCAUCAUCUACAGAGUAUUCCCAACUAAGGAAGCACCUAAUUAUAAAAUCAGUCAGAUAAAAAGAGAUUAUUUAUAUAUACAAAAGUCAAAACAAAAUAAAUAAACGCAAUAUUAUCACUUAAAAUCCCUAAUUAUUUGUUAAGCAUCUCUUAAAUCAGAUAUUAUAAUGGUUUUCCUCACCUACUCCCUAAACUUCACAUUAAUAUAGGUGAGUUAAACCACAAUCACCACCCCCACCCCCCGAAGCAAUGGUAAAAAAAUAUGUCUCCCUUGAAUUAUAAAUUUUUGUAACUUCAAGCAACCUAUCAGGAUAAUCCAAAGACUGAUUUCUAAUCUUAAACCAAUAGCUAAAAGGCAAGGCUAUGUGAAAUAUAUCAGUAGGGGCAGUACAACAGCAAAUUUUAAAGAGGGGCUUUAGAGCUAUUAUAAUGGACCACCUAUAGUCAUGGAACGAUUGGGUCUUUACUAAGUUACGCCUACUGAGAAAUUACCACAAAGCUACAUCAGCUGGGUGAUAAAACUGUACAAGCUGGGUGAUAAAACUGUGCAAGCAGGCCCUGAAGAUUGUUGCAACUGGACAGUGUCACUUGAUGUAACUGACAAUAGCAUGGAGUCCAAGUAAGUUAAAAAGCAUCAAUGAUUGAAAAUUAAACUGAUGCCCCUGCACUCCCACUCCCAGUAGAUCCCCUGCCUUGACAUUACCUAAUAAACAUACAUUGAUACUCGUGUCAUUUUCUGAACUCGUGUAGUUAUUGAACUAUAUUGUCAUUCUUGAACUUUGGUGUCUUCAUUGAACUACACAAAAAGGAAAACCAAAAAAAUGUAUCUUUAAAGAAGUCUCUUUUUAUAUUGUAAAAGUGUGAGAAGGAUGAUGAUAUUCAUCGCAUGAAAAUCCUGCAAUUUUUUAUAUCCUUAGAAGUUUUUUCCCCCACCUCAUUUUUAAUAUGCGGACGCCCGGGGAAACACAUUUUCAAUAUUACACCAUUGAAACGCUUACCAGUGUCCGUUUUCUUGGCUUUUUCUAGUUUUUUUUUUCUAUUAACUCUGUAAAGAGAUUAAGGCAAAGCUACAUACCCAUCCUUUCUGCGGAUUCUCCUCCUGGACUCUCUGCAUAAAGCCCUAAAAAUGUUGAUGUUGAUCAAAAAGUUUAGCUCACGGCACUUUACCCCAGUGAUAGAUUCUGUUUGACUAUUUACAGGAUAAAAACCAUGUUUUCCUUUGUUUGUGGGGCGAAGAAGCAAAGGGAAAGGCAAUGUGAACCUAUCUCCAUCAUGAGCAAUGAAUGUUUCGACAAAAAGAUCGUAAUUUAUAGUGAAAAGUUGCAAUACAAUAAGCUAUAAUAAUAUCCUUGGAUAGAUUUGAUUCAAUACGCUUUAUUAACAUUUUGAUACGUUUGACUCAAACAGGAAAUCGUUUCAAAACCCUUGAAGAUUAUAGCCCAUAUUCUAUAAAAAAAAAACACUUGCUUCUUACAUUUGUUUAGUUUCAAUGAAUUGUUUACACAAUUUGAUAGUGUAAUAUUAACAUCAUGACGCUAUGUUUCGUGACCUGUCCACGCCACUUUCGCAAUUUUUGUAAACAUCCCUGAGGUUUGCGACUUUUAUCCCACUGAUCAUUUUUGCUAACUUAUUAGUUGACUCACUUCUAUCACUAAUUGAGAGACCCAUACCAUAUUAACGUCAUUUGUUUUUCUCGAGACUAAAUUCUGCUGGGCUCUUUAGUUAUACGUCUCUAAAGACGCGCCGGUAUGAGUUGUACCAUCUGGUCGAUCUCGGGAAGUUCUUGAUUUUUUACGAUGGAAAUGCUCUUUCCUAGAAUAUAUUGCAAUUUUACUAUAUAGCAUUAAUAGAUAAACACAUACCUUCGGUCGUUUCAUCGCAACGUCUCGACUUUUACCUCUUGAAACCACGAAACAAUUUCGCUCGCUGAAUCCAUUCAAAGUUCCCGGGAUAAAUUUCUCGUGACGUCACGAUGGCCAAGAUCAUCCGCCGCGCGAUCCCUAGAGGAGCGAUUGACGAGUUCAUCACCCCCCCCUGAAAAGGACACUUGUGUUAUAUUAUAUGAUGCCAUUACACCGCUGACCACACUGCUUGUCUGUGAAAUGAAAAUCGCUGCCCAUAUACUGCGGUCGAAGGUUUCAGAUGUUUUGCAAGGCUUUCUUUAGUGGUAAAUCACCUUAAACAGGGUUGUCAUUAAGAGCCGGGGGCCGGGGAUUUUCCCAGGCUACUAAGAGAGUGGCCCCCGGCUACUUUUAUUGGAAAAUAGAAGAAAAAUAGAACCCAAAAAAAUCCCUAGCCAUUUGAUUCCCCGCCUACUUGUUGUGUUUACCCGGCAACUUGAAAUCUUAGUGACAACCCUGCUUAAAUAACAUUAAGAUUGGGAAAAUGCUUCACUAAAGUUAGACUUCAUUGUUUACUUUACUUGAAUUUAGCAUUUUUUUUACAAAUUAUGCGAUUUUCCUUAAAUUGUGCCAUCAGAUGCAAUUUGAGGUCAAUUGUGUGAAAUUGCACCAUCACGUAAUAUAUCAGAUGGCCUUCCAAGGGCACAAAGAAGCAAAAAAACUAUUACCAAGCAUAUGUAAACAUACAUACACAUUUUUCUUUAUUAUAUAAGCCAAAAUUACCCAUCAUUAUCUUAAAAAGUAUUUACUCUGACUCAGAUUAGUGAAAUUUUGAGUAAAUUGAUAAAUUUAUUUUAAUUUAAUAAUAAUCUUUUACUAGGAAACUUUCGUCACAUCACUGUGGUUUACAGAAAGGUCCUAACUAAGAUUAAAAAGUACUAAAUUGGAUUAUAAACAGUGGAAAUGUUGAGCAAGCUGUAUCUAAAAAUUGUGACCCGCCUUUCUCCCUCAGGUCCCCCUUUUAGCUUCUCUAUGGGUCCUGUAGACUCCAGCGUAGAAGAUCUGAAUCAUUAUACGUUCUGGGAAACUGCCCACCUACCCCUCCCCUAAGCCAACAUUAACACUUACUUCUCACGUAGGGCAAAAUGUUGGCUUAGGGGAGGGGUAGGUGGGCUGUUUCCCAGAAACGUAUAAUGAUCUGAUAAUCCUGGUAAGAACACUGGCCCAUGUGUUUUGCUAUUUUGAUGGUAAGUGCAUGACUUUUUUUGUACAGACAUCCACUACAUGCCAUGUUCUGUAUUAACAGGGGCCAAUCUUCAACAAAGAGUAGAUCCUGCCCAACUUCAGUCAUCUAGGUAAGUGGAACAACAAGCUUCCCUAGCUGUCCUUGUUAAUUUGUCAGCUCUGUUGGCAAAUAACAUUUCAAUAAAACAUUUGGGAUGCUUACUUUUUACACAAACCAUCCAGGUGGAAAUUCUGUGCGUAAACAAAAACAUGGUCAUUGGUAAUUUUUAUCACCCUUGUGUAAUGAAGUCAUCUCUUUAUUUAUUUUAUCGAUUUCUGUGGGGUUUGGUCGUUGUUUUGUCUGUUCUAAUCACAUACUUUGUUUAACUUAUUUUACACUGGUAGAUCUUUCCAGGAACAUACAAGUAUAGACGAGUUGUCACGUGCAGUUGGUGGACCUCUUAGAGUACCUCUCCCUGAAAGAUAUGAGGUGUGUACAGUGUGUUAUUUUAGAAUGCAUUAUUGCACAGCCUUGUUUUUCACUACCUGCUAAGGAAUAGCCUGUUCCAGGCUCUCAGGAGCCUGGAGCAGGCUAGCUAAGGAACAGCAAUAACAUAGGGGCCUUCCUCUGAAGGCAGCAGAGAUUUCUAUACAAGCAUUAAAGCCCUGUUAUGCGCUGAAACUUCAUUAAUACAAAAGUGUGAAAUUUUAGAAGGUAAGUUAUUAUAUUUCCUUUCGGGAUAUUGUUUUCUCGCUUUCUUAGUGAAUUUACAUAGUUGAUUUCUUUUAGUUCAAGAACUUCGCUACGUAUUUUUUUCUAGAAAAUGAUAUUUUUUAAGGCAAUCUGCAUGUUGUCUUGUUUCAAUUUUGCAACUUUGCAAAGGCUGGCACGCCCUUUUUUCUUAGCGCGGAGGAUAAAGAUGGCAAGUUCGUCUCAAGAACGCUGUCAAACGUGUCAGUUAACCCUCGGACGUACACGCAAAUCCAUAACCCACCGUAGUACAAGGUGGGGAGGUGGAUUUGGUGGAACCCCUCCCAAGAGGUUUUGAUAUGUUGCAGUUUUUCGAAACGAUUUCGCCGUCACUGGAAGGCCUUUGAUCUUCUCAACAAGAGACAGAAAAACUUCAGAGGGGGGUUUGUACAAAUUUUCUUAAAGUUCAACUUAGAAAUAAACUCUUUUUUUCUUGUACCUUAGGUCAACGAAUGCAGAUCCAAUAUGGCGGACACAGACAAGGGACAAUGUGGCAUCGUUUGUGGGUGUGCCAAGAAAAUCCAGGCAUUGAAUGAUGAAAUUCAGCAACUCAGAGAAGUUAAUGGUAAAUUGAAGGAAGCGAACCGCAAGGCUCAAGAAGAUAAAAUGGUUCUAGAAAGUAAGAUGAAUGUGUUCGGAGAAAGUUUUUAUAUAAGAGGUGUAAAUUCUGCACGCAAUCCAGACCGUUCUGCAGAGAAACUCGAGUACCUGAAUGCCCUAUUAUAUCUGGGUCAAAUGAGCUCAGAUAUACAGACCAAUAUGUACCGGUUUGUUCAUCCCAGUUUGGUCUGUGAGAACAAAAGUUACCUUUUUGAUGACAUUAAAAAAGAUAUUCAAAAAAUAGGUGACGGAAGACUCAAGGAAAAUGCGCAGGGCAGAUGGAGUGGGCUCAUGAAGACUCUCAACUGGGAUGACCGAGUUCAUACACAAAAGGCAAUAUCGCUUUAUACUACAAGGAACAAGACGUGUCAUCCUUUGGUAAGCGAAGAGAGAUUAAGGGAGGCACUGGCUGUGUGGAUAAGGGUUAAUGGCCGGAAUGGCGUGGAAACCAUCAAAGAAUUGAUUGAAACGUGGAAAACCAUGACGAAUUGA